AUGGAGUGUAUAAGCCUACCGGAGGAAUUGGUAGAGCAGAUACUCUAUAGGGUUCCUAUUAAAUCUGUAGCACGAUGGCGAUCAACAUCAAAACAAUGGAACGCUCUAUUGAAGUCUAAGAGAUUUCUUAAGACACACGCUACUUAUGCACCAUUGUUCCCCGAGGCCACCACCCGUUCCACGCUUCGUCCAACAUAUGUGUUAUGGGACAUGUCAGAUUACUCAGUCCCUGAAAAUUUUGAUCCUUGUUUGGUUAUGCACCAAAUCGAAUCCUCUAUUGAAAAAGAGGGUUACGAGAUUGAUGGGGACUUUACCAUAUGGGUUUACGGGGCUGAGGAUACUUGGUCGAGUGAAUUGCAAAACCAAUUUGGGGAAGUCGGAAUUGAAGUCCAUCCGUACAAAGGGGUUAAGAGGACCAGACUUAACAUGCUCAUAGGGGAGUUUAUCGCCAUGUUAUACGCAAUGGAUGAGCCAUCAAAUGUUUUGAUGCUCUCAGACAACACUGAGUACAUCGAACAACACCCCAAAUUCCCAAAAUUUCGCAAUGCCUUAGAAGAGAAAGGUUUUGCUGUUGCCUUAGCACACCCUGACAGACUCAUCAACCGAGACGCUGAUCCUUCUGCAUUAAUGGCAGCUUACCUCCCAAGCAGAGACUCAACAAUUGCCUUUCAAGACGUCUCGGCAUCUCCUCUCCCUUUACCACCCCCACCUUUACCUUUACCAGCCCUCCCUUUACCUUGUAACUAA